AUGAUUUAAUGGCUAUUGAAAGCGUUGGUCAUUAAAGAAGUAAUAGGAAGUUGGUCAUUGUGGUAUGGAGACGCGGGUGACUUAUGUCCAGAUUUGCAUACUACAAAACCUGGUCUGCAUCCUCAUUAAUGUGUUUGUAAAUAGUUGAAAUAAUUAUCUAGCUUAUGCUUUGAUUUGUUAAGGUGUAACAAAUGUAGAGGUAAGAACUGAAACAAAUGGUACUUAACAUUUAUGUCAUCCUGGAUUCUAACCAUGGGGAGCUGGAACAUUAACUCUUGCAAAUGAAACAGUGCAUUGUGGAUUUGAGAUUGGUCAUCAAAUGGUUCUGGAAAUUACAUCAGAUGAUAAAAUUAAACAUUAUUGCAUAAGUAAAUAAUAUAAAUAAAUAAAAUAGAUUUAAGUGAUGAAAUAUAGAAACGUUGUUUGAUGACUAUCCUUUAUUAAGGCAGAUACAUGUGUGAUAUAUGUAAAGAUCCUUUCUAUGGAUAUAAUUGUUAAUUCGUUAAGGAAGGAUGGGAUUAAAGAUUUUCUAAUCCUCCUAGAGGUAAGAAUAAAUAUUAUUAAAGAAUGUCGCCCUGAAUGUUUGGAAUGUGAUGAUCUUAACAUAUGUACAUUAUGCAAACCAGAGUUUUUUAUGGGCAACCCUUCGAAUACAAAUACGUUGUGUUUAUCUAGUAAUUUAAACUUUGAUAAUAUCAUAGAUUGUGAUGGUUAUAAUUCUUGCUAUGCCAGUUAAGACAUGUUUGGUAAUCCAAUUUGGUAACUUUCUUAUANAUAAUUAUAAAAUUAUUUGUUUCAAGUUCUGGUUUUAGGGGUUUGA